AUAUUAUAUGCAAACAAGGGGAAGACAGAUCAUUACAAGCCAAGUUCUUCGUAAUCAAAAGCAACCAAAACUUAUUCGAGAUGUUUCGAUGUUUCAAAGAAUCAGAGCGGCCAUCAUCCAAUGCUCUGUCUACCGUAGAGCUUCUUGUUCAUAUGAACUGCGAAGGAUGUGAAAGAAUGGUCAAGAAAGCAAUCUCCAAGUUAGAAGGGGUUGAUAAGAUAGAUAUAGAUAUGGAUAAUCAAAAAGUAACAGUGACGGGAUACGUAGACCAAAGGCAGGUGCUGAAAAUGGUGAGACGAACAGGAAAAAAAGCUGAGUUCUGGCCGUAUCCAUAUGAUGCAGAGUAUCAUCCAUUUGCAGCUCAAUAUUUAGAAGACUCUACAUUCUCGUCCACGUAUAAUUACUAUCGACACGGUUAUAAUGAGAGUGUUCAUGGAUACUUCCCUAACUUCCCGUUUUCUACUAUCAUCGACGAUCAUACCGCCCAUUACUUCAGCGAUGAGAAUGUUCAUGCGUGUACCAUUAUGUAGCAGUGAAGAUCAACAUUAAUGUGAUCAACUGCAACUUCCAUUAUUAGUUGACACUGCCUCUUUAGUUCAUUAUGCAACUCGGCAUUAGUACUCUAAAAAUGGAUUCAAUAAUUUCAGUAUGUGGUGUAUACAGUUUUAUAUGAUUACAAAGUUUCGGCAUAUAUGUGUGCACAGUGGGUUUAAGGUUUCUUUUAAGGGUGUACAAAUGUUUGCUUCAAGUUGGCGGAGAGAAUGAAAAAGCUAACAGCCUUACUAAU